GUCUCCUCCAACAUCGAAACGAAUUAAGACCUCCGUCCCCGCCAACGCACCAUCCCAUCUGUUAGCUCCGCAACAAGUCAAUCCCUACUCACGAGUGCCUUCAUACGAGGGCAUUCCUAUGCCCCAAACUCAGAUUCCUCCGCCGAACCCGCGCAAACGCCGUGCUUCGCCCCAAGCAGGCACCACCGCGGCCAUGCCAGCUUCAGGCGCGACCGGAGCUGGAGGCGAGCCCGGGCAUGAACAGGGGUCCGGGAUACCAGAGCCUGCACCGAAGAAAAAAGGAAGAACCAAUACUCCUUGGACUGCCGAGGAGGAACAGCGGUUGAAGACUAUGCGCGAUGCUGGCCGCAGCUGGAGUGAAAUUGCCAAGACUUUCCCCACUCGGACCGAGGGAAGUGUUAAGAAGCAUUGGUAUAAGGACAUGCACUACGCUGAAUUUGCGGAAGAUGAGUCCGUAGCGCUUCGCGAUGCGAUCAAAGAAUACGAGGCGAACAAGUGGAAAGUAAUCGGGCAGAAAGUUGGGAAGCCAGCCAAGGCCUGUGAACAGUAUGCGAAAGAACAUUUCAAGGACCUCUAGAGUUUACGAAAGAUAACGACGUGAUGACAAUCUGCAUAUUCUUGCCCACUGGUCGAUCUAAGGCAUGGGAUAUGACUUAAGCUGAUCUAAGCCUGUGUUUUCAUAUUGCCACACAGCGGUUUCUCUUCAUAGUAUGCAAAGCUCUUGGCGAAGGGUCGUCGGCGUUAGGUUGCGUUUGUUCAUUUCUUACUUUUUACUUGUCAGUCCUCCAUCCUCUCACAUUCUCGCGUUCCUUUGCGGCUUCAGUUGUUUCCAGGGCUGUCGUCUCCAUUUUUGAUGAUACACAUUGCUGGUGAAUUUGAACCCCUGUCGCGUAUGUCCUCGGUUACUCUAAAUAGACUUC